CCUAGCUAUUACAUUUAGUAUGUCUUUCGAAAGCAGCUCUACAAUGUCAGAGGAAGAAGUUGGAGAGGUCAGCACUGACGAGAUAGUAUCUUUUCCAAAUCCUAUGUUGUCCAAAAAUUUCCCAUGUUGCCUGUGUGAUGUUAUUGUCGUUGGUCAGGUUGAGGUUCUGGAGCAUCUGGCGUUGGAGCACAAACUAAUAGUAGGAAAGGUCGAGAACAUAGCAAAACUUGAUGAAUAUCUACAAUAUUGGAAGGAGAAGUUUACUACACAUAUGUUGGAAGAUUUUGCCUUUACUAUAGACCCCAUGGGCUAUCCGGAGGCUGAGAGCACAGUAAAGUCUGCUACACGAGGGUUAACUGAAAGCACUCUGAUCUACAUGCUGAGCGAUAAGCUGGCGAUCGAUGCUGAGCUGAGGAACAGAUUAGAAAAGGAAAGGCUAGAUGAAGUACUAGCUGUACAAGAAAGGGAGAGGGCGGCAUCUGAUUUCAAACGUAAAUGUUUAUUUUGUACCUCCACAGUUGAAGGGAACCGAGCAGACAUGUUCCAGCAUAUGCUGACCGCCCACCACUUCAAUGUAGGGCUACCAGAUAAUAUAGUCUUCGUGUCUGAAUUUUUAGACCAUCUAGAGAUUAUGUUGAGCAAGUUAAAGUGUCUUUCGUGCGAGAAAACAUUCAAAUCACAGCCCGUUCUACGUGCACAUAUGAGGAAGAAAAGGCACAUGAAGGUGAAUCCAAACAACACUGCGUAUGAUCGCUACUAUAUUGUUAACUAUGUAGAGACCGGGAAAAAAUGGAUGGUUCCCGAGUAUUUAAAUCCAUCUGGUAUGGAUAGUGACUCGGAAUCCAGAGAGAACACGGCAACGGUCGGUGAAUUACUUGCAGAACAAGAAUGGGAUGAUUGGGAAGAAGAUACUGAAAGAACAGUUUGUCUGCUAUGCGACACCACUGUGGAGGACGCGAAGUUGGUCUUUUCGCACAUGACAUCAGCGCACGGCUUCGACUUCGAAGCUCUUAAACAGCAGGGAAAUUGGGAUUUCUACCAAUGCGUGAAAAUAGUCAACUAUUUUCGAAGACAGAUGUCGCUCCACCGUUGUCCAUCAUGUGACAUGGAGGGAGGAAAUGCUGAUGGUCUUAAAAACCACAUGGAGACUGCUGAUCAUUACAGUCUCCCUGAGGACGAGAGCUUGUGGAAUCAGCCACAGUACUUUUUUCCCACGAUUGAGAAUGAUCCCUUACUUUCUGCUUUGGAAAGUUAUGAUGAGCUGUCAGAUGAGGACGAAGCAGCAAGCGAGCCACGCAGCUGAUCCCGAUAGCGACAAUGGUCGCAAAAUAUAAAUCUCUAUGCAAGAACUGUGCUCUGUCCUUGAGGAAUGCUGGACGGGAUAGAGGUACCAAGACACGGGUACUUGCGUAUGUCCUUCACGGUAUAAAACUUACGAAUAUCAGCAAAAGUAGAUAUAUAAGUUGAGUUGCUCUCAAUCACACGUGGUGACAUUCCAAUACAUUUGUCUGUAUCUAAACAUGUACAAGAUCUUUUAUUUAUAUAUUAUAAAAUAAACAUCAACGAACACAAAUAGCCAGUAUCACAAAUAAAACCCGUGC